AUGGCUGAGAACUUAGAUGACAUAGAAGAUAUAGCCGUCCUAGCAUUGUUACUAGAUGAAGAAGAAAAAAUAAAUAAUAGUACAAAACAAAAAAGACUUUGGGUUCACGCCGUAUGGAAAAAAAUAAAAACAGAAGGAGAAUUUGCCACUUUAUAUAAAGAAUUAGUUGAUCAUGAAACGAAAUUUUUUGAAUAUUUUCGAAUGCCACAAUACGGUUUCAACGUAUUGUUGCAUAAAAUUGAACAUGAUAUUAAAAAACAAGACACUUUUUGGAGAGAGGCCAUAACACCAAGAGAAAGACUGGCAGUUUGUUUAAGAUUUUUGGCUACAGGAGAUUCCUUCACGACAAUUUCAUUUAGUUAUCGUCUAGGUCAUACAACUGUUUAUAGAAUUGUAAUUGAAACUUGUAAAAGUAUAGUAACAAAUUUAAUGUCAGAAGUAAUGCCACAACCCACAGAAGAAAGAUGGAAACAAAUUGCAAAUGAUUUUUGGACCAAUUGGAAUUUUCCGAAUUGUAUAGGUGCGUUGGACGAAAACACUGAUGGCGGAAUAUUAGCACACUCUAACUUGGGAAAAUCGUUAGAAAAUGGUUCGUUAAAUAUUCCAAAAGAUGAAUUUUUACCUGGAACCACCAUUUCUGCUCCAUACGUUAUAUUAGGAGACGAAGCGUUUCCUCUGAAAACGUACUUGAUGCGACCAUAUCCAGGGAAGCAACUAGAUGAUUCCUUAAAACGAAUUUACAAUUAUCGUCUUUGUAGAACUCGUAGAGAAUCAUCUAGUUGCUUCCCUGGAUAUGGUCGCAUCAAGUACGUUUUCAGAGGAAACGCUUCGUCUCCUAAUAUAACGUAUGGAGCAGAAAUGGUGGUUCCAGGUAAAAAUUCAUCUUUUGGAAUAUUUAACGAACCAUUUUCUAACGAUUUUCCCAAGUUAGAGUGUGCUAAUAUUCCGCCAUCACUGUUUUUUCCAUAA